UACUGUCACAGUCACAGUGGCAUUUCAUAUAUUAUAUCUUGCUUGACUAGUAUUAAGUAUAUAGCGAUCUGUGGUUACGCGCUGUCAACGUAGCGGGAAUUGAAACAUUGAACAGGCAUUUCCAAAAAUAAUAAUUUAAUCGAUGAAAAAUUAAUUCCCCAUAAAUCAAUUUUCAGCACAUAAAAUGUUUGAGUGGGCUUAUAGUGGUGCAAACAAAGCUGUUCCUAGAAAUGUGGGACCUGAAUGUGCUUAUUUUUUAUCCACCAAAAGGCAAAUAAUAGAAACAAUAGUCGUAGUUUCAAUUUGUGUAUAUAUUUCGAUUAAGACAUUUCCAAAAUUAUCUGUACCUCAAGAUACAAAUUAUGUUAAAAGUGAUAGAGGUGGCAAAAGGUUAUUGGUAAUACUUCUGGCUCUGUUAUGGGGAAUGGAAAUUGGUUUUAAAUUUGCGUCUCGUACAGUUAUAUAUUUGUUGAAUCCUUGUCAUGUAACAACAUUGAUACAAAUAUAUUUAUUGGCUGCACCACCUAGUAAAACUGUAACAGCAUUAUUUCGCAUCCAUUUAAAUUUAUUAAAUGGACCUCUGUUAGCAUUUUUGUUCCCUGAAACAGCCUCAAGAAAGAUCUUUGCUGAAGCUGCUCUAUACUGGAUCCAACAUGGCAUGAUGUUUGUCAUACCAUAUUAUCUACUGAGGAUUGGUGGUCCCUACAACAUAGAACCCUUUUGGGAUUUCAAUUGGUCAAUAUUCAGUUAUUGCCUAAACAUGAUAUAUCACUUUAUUGUUUUACAACUCAUUGCAAUUCCUGCUCAAGUAAACUUAAACCACAUGCUCUGCCCAGCUAUAUUAGAUCCAUUUGAUGGACCGUGGUACAGAGUUGCAGCAGUUACCCACCAAGCACUACUGUGUCCUUUACUGUGUAAAUUGUUUUGUCUCAUUUCCGAUUUCUGCCUAACAAAAUUCCCGCCUACUAAAGUCAAGCCGCAUAUGAAGGAUUCUCUUAUGGAUAGCCAUGCUGUUCCUGUCACAAACCCAAUCGAGCACCAUAAGGACUAGUGACAGCUGCAUUUGGAACAAUAUAUGGCUGUAAUUCGUCUCAGGGUAGGUAAAACUAAUAAAAAUUGCCUUUUGAGUUGGAGAACAAUAUUUCAUCGCGUCCAUUUGGUUUUGGUGGUUAAUAUAUUAUUAGUAAGGUAAGGUUUAUUAAAUAGAUGUACGAAACUUUUGCAUGAAAUUUGUUGGUAACAGGUAUACUAAACAAUUGAUAGCAAGUUUGAAUAUGUAAACAACCUUUGUUCAUUACAUGUGUACAAGUAUUGAAUUUUGGGUCAAAAUAUCCAAAACUUCGUGUGAGGAGGGUCAAUUCACGAUAAAACUUGUAACUUUUAUUACUAUUGGUACUUUAUUGGGUACUUAUCACUUGUCAUAAUAAUUGCUUUGCAUAGUGUUUAGAUACACGCAAGUAGAAAUGAAAUAGAUCACUAUGCAAACACAUUCGUUGUGGUCGCUUUUGAUUAUCCACAACGAACGGUAAAGUCAUAUAAGUAUGUGGUACUUCAUGGUAACCACAAAAUUUGUUAGUAUCGGUUUCUACAAGUUCUGCGAGGUAUUAAAAUAAAACAGACCCGCAGCUCAUGCUCAUGCAAGUAUGGGCUUAAGUAGUUGUAAGGCCAUAUUAGGUACUGUAGUGUUAGUAAUCGUGUCGCCUAAUUCGCCUAUGACGCUAGAUAAUUCAGAAUAUUAUUUAAGGGAUGCGAGUUUCGCUUUGUGGUUACGACUGUGAUUUACAAGUGCUGCAAUAAAAAAAAAACAACAACCUUUAAUUGUUAUUGUAACAUAGUUAGUAAAUAUUUGGUAUUGUGGUUAGACAUUCGUAAAUUUUGAGAAGUUAUUUCAUGUCUGGACUAUUGUGUCAUUUCUGCCACAAAUGAAACACCACGUCUUACUUAAACAACUUAUGUAACAAACCAUUUUUAUUUUUAAAAAUAUAUGCGAAACCGACAUAGAUAUUAAUAUUAUCACCACUAAUUUAUUUAAGUAAUAAUUAUAUAGUCAAAUCCAAGACCGCUAUUAUUAAACGAUACUCAAGUGAAGAUCUCCUCUCACGUACAGUUCGAAUGGGAUAUAAUGCAGCUAUGCUUGAGCAGAGCAGAGAUCUCCGCUUUCUGUGGGGGGGGGGGAUCAUCCAAUGACUUCUCCCGCCUUUGGUAAGGCAAGCGGAAGUGUCAGACUUACUGACUAAUAACAGUCCGUUCCUACUACUGCUCUCUGAGUCGGAGCCCCGGAGAACCCACUAGGUACUCCUUAGCUCCGGUUCGGCCCUACUGGGCCCUAAUUGUGGUGGUUGGCUGGCUCUUGAGACGCGCGCGGAUCGCGACGCAUGGACCUGGUUCUGGUCGAGCAAUGAGCAACCUUUGCUCGUCAUUCGCAGACCUGAGAGAUCUCCGCUUGAGUAUCGUUAUAUAACCCGGCAUUAGACACGUACGCAAGUAGGUUUAGUGAAUGCGUGUUACGUAAACAAUUACCUACAACCAAAGUUAUAACUAACACAAAUAUUUGGCCUAAAUACGUACUUGAAGUAAUUUGUAAGACUUGGUGCAAUGUCGUUUUCCAAGCUAAGUAUAAAAUAUACCCUCUAGUUUCAUUGAUAGGCAAUAUUUUAUUGUAAGGAAAUGAAACCACCUCUGCACCUUACUAAUUAAUUUAAUAUUACUAAUUACAAAGAACACAAUAAUUGUUAUUACUAAUUAUAAUAUAUUUACAUAUACCUAAUGACAGUACUCUUACACAUAAAUGUGAUAAUACCCUAAAAGUUAAUAUUUCUACAGACACAUACUAUAAGUCAAAAUACAGAAACUUCUUGCAGUUGCCAUUUAAAGUACCGUUUUCGCCAGCGGUAAAUUUUGUAAUAUUAUAUGUAUUUAUAUUAAACAACAAGAUUUCAAAAAGACGGGACAAACCUAGUCCUACUUAUGUAAUAACUUUCGGGGUCAUGUAGGGAUUUACUGAAGCCAUAUUUUACUUAGGUAGUAAAUAUUACAACUUCGUUUACUGCACAAUGUUUCUGACCGUAAUGUAUCUGUUACCGGUAUAACCCGAUUUUAGAAAAAAACAGUAUUGCCUAGGUUAAACUUUGGGGCCACGGGCGGGGACCCAGUGGCUUCAGGGAAGACGGGCUGCCGUGUAACUUGCUGAGCGAGGCUCAAGGUAGAUGCACGUUUACCUAAGGAUGUGCCGUAAUAGGCGUCGCACCGUGGGUGCUUCGGGUCAAGUCUAUUAAAGGACCCGGGGUCCCCACCGGAGUGGUUUUAAAGAAGAAAAUCCCACACUCCCUAAUCUUUUUCCCCAAAAAUACUGGGCGCUUUUUGAAGUCAUAAAAAAAGAUUAAACUAGCCUAAGAAGCAGAACAUAGAAGAAGCCGAUAUGGUAGGUGAAUAGAUUAGGUCAAUUGAAACCCUGUAGGCAGAAAUAGGAGCGCCUAUUUCGCCUUGUAUAAGGUAGCCUAGCCUAGGCAAAACUAAUUUAUCCCUAAUAUCGGUUUUGGCUGGUAACCUGCCGACCGAGAAGAUAAUACCUGCACAUAGUGCACAUUUACCUAAUUACAGUCACGCAAUUUCCAUUUAUCAGUUAUUUCAUAUAGUAUGUAUGUAUAUGUCUACCUAGUAUAAUAUGUAUGUAUAUGCCAUGCACAUCUAUAGUAAACAUUCUAAAUCUCAGUAAGCUCAGUAAUUUGUUACUCGUAGUUUUCUUGGGGUAUGAUCUAUUAAACCACUAAAAUAACUUUAGAGUCAAUUCAAUAAAGCAGAAAUCCUGAUGUACCUACCUACUUAGUAAUGCUAAUAAGGUAAACUGAUAACCUGAUUCAAGUGUGUGUAAUAUUCAGUUCGAAGUCACUCUAUUGUUUGAAUAACACUGUUAAUUUAGUUGUUCAUUUGCACUAAAAACACUAAAUUACAACAUUACAUUAGUAAUACAUAAUGUUCUAUUGUAUUUUCAAAGUAUAACUCUUAAGUUACACGCCCCAUGGAUACGAGUUCCGAUGUAGGUACUUAGCAUUGAUUUUAUAAAUAAUUUAGAUAAGUGCCAGGUAUUUGAUAAGUAUCACGGCUGCUAACGCAUAUUUAAGCAGGAAGCAGAUUAGUUUAGGUUUACCUUUACGUUCUGCCACAACGAAUAUAGCGUGUCUCUGUGAUACGAUAACGAUACCUAAUAAAUGAUACACCUAGUCAUUAAUUUAUUAUUAUUAUGUCAUUCGUCUCAUUGAAUUAGGAAAAGUGUAGUGCUCGACACGAACCUAGGCAAGAUUUGGUCAUGGUGAGGAUAAGUUCGCGCAUGGUGUAUUUUUUCAUUAAUGUCAUUAUAUGAUUUUAUUGUAACUUUCGUGAGACAUACUAAAUUAAUUAUUAUGUUAUCGGCUUACUCUGCCAGUGUGUCGCGGAAUGCUGCUCAUGAAUAUGAGCCUCUAGCAUGGCUUGAAACUAGUCGAGUUCCUCGUCAAAACGUUACGUGAGUAAGCCGAUAACAUAAUAAUUAAUGUCAUUAUACAUAUAAGUGUAAUCAUGUUUUCUUGGAAGAAAGUUAAAGUAAAAAUAAGAAACGGUUUUUGUGUUGAUAAUUAAAUAAAUUGACAAAUAAUUAGAAAAUGCUCUUACCUACCUACACACUGCGUAAGCUUAUCCCCACCACGACAAACCUUAACCGUGGUCCGUGCAGGGUGUUACAACUUUAUGAGUAAGUAAUUGUAUAUUUAACCACGUAUAUUUCUAUUAAAGCAUUACAAUUCUUCACUUUUAAUAAGUAGUUGAUACAUGGGUAUAAGAUGUCACACUUUAACAGAGCUAUGAUCUGUAUGUUAAUAAUACAUAAUAUAUAUACAUAGUAAUAUUUAUUAUAGUAUGUAUACUUAGUUCUUUUAGUGUUACUUUACUAAAAAUCAUACAAUUUUGCUUGAUUUUGUACUGCAAUAAUUCACAACAACGAACACAAAAACAGGCCUUUAGAGUCAGAGCUAAAAGAGUCUAGAACACGUCGACACCUCAUUACUAACUCAACAAAUCGAUAGAACCGUGAAGGUUGUGAGAAGGUAAUGAUGAUGGUGGGCUAUAACCUACAUAUAGUGAAGGCGUAGGUAUAUAAAUGUUAGACGUAUCGAUAUGACGUAUGUUACGCAAAUUAAUAAUUUUAAAUUAUAUUAUGUAUUAGGUACUGAAGUCAGAAAAUGUCAUGACUCAAUUAAGUUGUUGCACUUUAAGUGAAAUAAAGCUUCUUGAACUAUAAAUGUAUUACGUACACUAACUAAUAGUUUACCUAUAAAAUUGGGGCCAGGAGGUACCUACCUAAAACGAUUGCCAGAAACAACACAAUUGUUUUUCGUAUGUACGUAUUCAUUUACUGUCUAUUUCCUCAAACAUUGGGGUAAUCCCUCCAUACCUAAAGCUUGUGCACCAGCUUAAGAAGUCCAUGGACAUAAACACGGCUCCUCACUUCUCUGUGGAAGAGGUUUCUGAUAUCUUGAAAAGAUCGUCCUCGGAUCGGACUUAGUCAUUGUCUGAUGGGGAAUGAAUUUGAAUACAUGUUUCACAUUGUUUUUGAUAGCAACUUGGAAAAGUCUCAUUUCUAGAACCAACUUACCGAAGAACCUGGCCUUCCUUUUCUUCAUCUCUCUCUCCCUUGCUUAGCAAUGACUGUAGGUACCUAUUUAACAAAAUUUUUAAUUCCUAACCAUGUCAAUACUUAUUUUCAACAUAGCUGGGGGCACUGCGGUGCCCCCAGAUUAACUUGGUACCUACUGGUUUAAUUAAUUAACAAGUGACCAUAAGUACAGUGACCUCUUUUAGUUUUAUUCAAAUUCGAUUGUUCUCAAUAAUAAGUAGGUAGGUAUAAGAAGGUCAAAACAAUGUGAACGGAUAAUUGAAAAGAGAAGUGGCGACAAGGGACAGCGCUGUCGGACACCAAUGCAGCGUGAACUGCACAGUGACUACAUCAAUAUACAGAUAUCAUGUCCUAUAGACAGGAACCUCGUUUUUAGAGCACCUAUCUAACUGCUUUUACUUGGUGUAGUCAUUUAGGGGUUAACGCUAAAUUAGCCCCAAAGCGUGUUCAAUAGAUCGAGUCAGUAUUUCACACCGGCGCAUCGCCUGUUAUACUAAUUCUAUUAGGCGCAGUUCCGGCUGCGUUUGUAAGACUGUUCUCAUCUGCAAAGGAAUCCCCGUACCAAUUUCUCCCUCGGGACGGCAUCCAGCGGCGAAAGUUAACUACCGCGCUAGACACUUCAUUUAAUUAGGCCAUGGUGCGAGAUGACGUGAAUUGGGAAGUUGUCUCCUCCCUCUGUGAAACAGCAAUACUAGCUAAAACCGCCGGGGUCGCGGGAAGGUUAUCAUAUUAUAGACACUAAGGUUCCGUUUCGGAGCAUAUGUUGGGACGGGAUGAUUUAGUCACCCGCCUCAGAGCGGGUGGAGUCAUUUGAUGACUUUCCACACACCCCAAAAAAAGAGGCGGCAUAAUCUGUAUUUGCACAUACCUAAUCGGUUCUACUAAUAAUACAAGUUUCUAUACACCAUUCCCACCUACAUAACUACCACAUUUUUCGGUUUCGAAGCCAGCACGCCAUAUUUUGAAGAAAAAAUAGGGAUAUAAAUAAGUAGUUUUUUUAACUACAGUUAGUAUAAACUGCAAACUGUUCAUGGAACUACAAGUUAUUAUAAACAACAACAGUACUACAGUUUUAGAUUCGCUGCCCUGUCAAUAAAGCCCACUUAGUGAGGUAGAAUAAAAUUUGAAUCUCAUACCAUAGAUGGUUUUUAAAUUAAAAAUGCCACUCGCGUAUUUUCAGAAGUCAUAAUCUCACCGGGAUUUUGGUCUUACUUAGUGCUAAUUAAAUUCAUAUUAUGUACUGCAAUAAUGUAAUGUAUUGUUAUUUAAUAUUUUUGAAGAUCUGAACCUUUUAAUUUUUUAGUACUACGGGUCUUAAUAUUUCACCUACAGUAUCAUUGUUAAAUUAUUACUGUUUUAAUAUUUGUUAAUCGUUUAAUAUAAGUAAUAAUAUACCUAGUAUAGAAUUGUACCUAAGAACCUUAACCAGACUUGAUUUUUCCUUCCGUUAGGUACCAACCUUAGUAUAUAGGGUGACUGGUAAUUAAUGAAGGAUAUUUAAACACGCGAUUGUACGCAUGAUUACAAACGACUUUCCCAAAGAACCUUUUUUGCAUAAGUACUCAUUAGUUUUAUUUUUAUUACAAUAACAAAACAAAAUUUUGCGCGCACGUGCUUUCUUGACGUCAUGAUCAGCUGUUAACAGCUAGGCGUUAUCGCAAGACCAGUAGGUAUUUUGAAACAACGCACGCGUGCUAAUGAAGUCGAAUUUGCCCCCUAUUCCAAAAAAACUGUGCAGCUCCAUCAUGGACAUUCAUGUCGUGUUGUGUUGUACAAAUUACAAUACUUAUAUAAAAUAAUAAAGGGUUUUUGUCUUAAUUUUACUCAGAAGGACCGUACUUACGCAACUUAACAGGCCGUUUUAGUUAAAAUAGGAACAAAAUACCAUAAUAUAAUGAUGGGUGGGUACUGUUACUGGUACCUACUACCUUACGUCAAUAGUGCACUUGUGUAAUAAAUUGUAUACCUCACUAUUUUGUUCAAGUUCCAACACUGUGUAUGUAUAUUAUUAAUUGUUAGUAAAAUAAAAAAAUGAUAUUCUUUUAUAAUUUGUAAUUCCACAAUUCGUUGUAGGCAUCACUUUUAUACUACCGAUUUUAUUAUUUUGUCACUAUGUAUAAUCCAAUAAAUAUUAUUGUUUUGUAUCUCCCCAAUAUUAUGUACAAUAGAUUUGUCUAUAUUCCUUACUCACGUCGUAUAUAACGCUAGUUUACUAUUAAACCAACCUACCUACAAGAGGCACAUGAGCCAAAGCGUAUUUAAACGUUUUUUGCUUUAUGAUGAGCUGUGAUACCUAAGUCUUGCUGGAGGUUUAUAAAUAAGUAUAAAAUGCUACAUAAUAAUUAUUAAGUAUAAUAAUGUAGUGUUUUUGUAGUAAUUCACAAAGUACACACUUAAUUAGGAUAUUACUAUUUUGUCGCUAGUUACAAUAAUGUCGAGUUGAUUUGCUGAAAUUGCAAAAUAACACGAUGGACACAACAGUUACCUGCACGUCUCUAGUAACAGCAUGUACUAGGUACCUAUAUGUAUAUGAUUACAAAGUUAUUAACAUAGCUACUAAUAUCCAAGUUUUAACCAUCGUUCUAUAGACUGUUAAUGAACUUAGUUGUGUAUCUGUCACCGGAAAGUAACAAAAACCGAAAGUUCAUAAAUUUCCUAAGAAAAUUAUUAAUUUAGGUACGUGGGAUUAUAAACGAUAAACAAGAUAUAAAUUGUAUUAUUUUACGCAGUUUAUAAUUUUUCGUUUUCAAUUUACGUAAAUAAAUAGGUACAAUCAUAUUUCUGCACAUCGGUUGCAAUUAAAGUGGCUGCCCAUACGCUUGCGCAAGCAGCAAAGGACAGCAUUAAACGCUUUAUUUUCCCUUCUCAACUCUCCUUCUUCACCUGCCUACCUAGCUUGUAGCUUCAUACUUCUAAUAAACCGGUUACUUCAAUCAUUCAAUUUCACCCCACUGAUUAUCUUCAUUCCUCCUUUUUCGUUAAGUCUUUCUCUCUGUGGAAUGCGCUUCUCAAGGAUACCCGUCUAUGUAUUGUAUUUAUUUAUCUAAAUAUGUACAGUAUUUGUAUCUUAUUGUAUGUUCCCAUAUCUUCUUACUCUUAUGUAUCGACUAUAAUAGUUAUGUCUCUAUUACUAUCCAUUAUCACCUCUGUUCUUUACAUUAUGCUUUCUAUUCGCUAACUUUGCACCCACCUCUUCUUCGUUCUGCACCACCCAAUGGUUGACUUUCAGAGAAUGCCCAUGGCAUUAAGUUCGCCAAUUAUACAGUGUUUAUGCAAUAAAGUUUUAAAUAAAUAAACUUGGGUACCUACUUCAUGUUAUUUUCCGGUGACAUGUCCAUAUAAAAUUGUGCAAUAAAGUCGCCUGUAAUUAUGAAUUUAAGAUGUAUUGCUAAAUUAAAACAAUAAAAUAUAAAUAAAUAACAAAA